CAUACAGUAUGGUGAAUGUGUUUGAGUUUGUGUUUGUAAAGAGAGGAUAAGGGGCCCGGAUCGGAGGAGAUAUUUGGAACAUACAUAUAUACAGAUAUAUCCAUAUGCAUAUGCAUAUCGUGGAGAUAUGAAUAAAUAAUAGUACAUUGAUAAAUCAUAGGUUGCUUUGCCUUGAAUCCUACUCAACAAACACCACAUAAAAAUAACCUGCAAGCUUGAUUGCUUCCUUUCCUUUUGAUUGUUGUCCUCAUCAUUCUGUUUUUGGAAUUGGAGGGCUAUAUUGCUGCUUCUUGGUCCUGCCCUUGGUUCUUGUGUACAGGGCAGGGCGUGAUCUUUUCUAUGCUUAUGGGGACGCCCAAGGGCUUAAGAGGAAGGGUACCCCUGUCCCUGCUGGCCCUCGUAACCUGCGCCCUGGCCUUUCUGGUGCUCCUGCUCACCGAGAGAAUCAGUUACCUGUCUUCCGGCAGCAUUUUCAGGUUCAAGACGUCCUGCACCAGAACAAGGAGGCCGGCCAACACUGCUGCUGUUAGAGGUAGAGGUAGAGGUAGAAAUGCGAGCAUCAGCAGCGACGCGACAGAUGACCGGUUCCUGUUUGAUCCGGAGGAGUGCACGCUUGAUCAGGGAAAAUGGGUGUUCAAUGGGUCCAUGAAGCCGCCGUACACAGACAGGACGUGCCCGUACCUGGACAGGCAGGUUUCCUGCGUCAAGAAUGGGAAGGUGGACUUGGAGUACCAGAAGUGGGAAUGGCGGCCGGACGACUGCAUGCUGCCCAGAUUUGAUCCCAAGAAAGCUCUGCAAUCGAUACAGGGGAAGAGGCUGAUGUUCGUGGGAGACUCGCUGCAGAGGGGGCAGUGGCAGUCCUUCGUGUGCCUUGUGGAAUCUGUAAUCCCAAGCGAGCACAAGUCCAUGAAACGAGGGCGCAUGCAUACGGUCUUCACAGCCAAGGAGUACAACGCAAGCAUCGAGUUCUACUGGGCGCCCUUCCUGGUGGAGUCCAACUCGGACGUGCGCAUCAUAGCCGACCCCAAGAAGAGAAUCCUCAAGGUGGACUCGGUUGCCAAGCACGCCCUGCACUGGACGGGGGUCGACAUCCUCGUCUUCAAUACGUACGUCUGGUGGAUGAGUGGCCUCAGAAUCAAGUCGCUGUGGGGGUCGUUCGCCAACGGGGCACAGGGAUAUCAAGAACUAGAGGCGGCGGUGUCGUACACCCUGGGGCUCAAGACGUGGGCCAACUGGAUCGACUCAAACAUCGAGGCGAGCAGGACGAGGGUGUUCUUCACCACCAUGUCGCCCACGCACCAGAGGAGCGCCGACUGGGGCAACGAGAGAGGGAUCAAGUGCUUCAACGAGUCGAAGCCCAUCGCCCGGAAGUGGCACUGGGGGACGGGCUCCGACCGCAGGAUCAUGGGCGCGGUGCGGAGCGUGCUGUCCCGGAUGGCCACCCCGGUCACCCUCCUCAACAUAACCCAGCUCUCCGAGUACCGGGUCGACGCCCACUCCUCGAUCUACACCGAAUCCGGGGGCAGGCUGCUCACCCCCGAGGAGAAGCUGGACCCGCUGCGCUACGCCGACUGCAUCCACUGGUGCAUCCCCGGCGUCCCCGACACCUGGAACCGCAUGCUUUAUGCGCAUCUCUUGCACCCCCCCAAACCCAUUUUACCCAAUCAUCCGAUCAGGAACUCCAAUGCAACCGAAACGAAUCGAAAUGACACGAAACUCGAUUGAAUGAUGAUUGACUGAUUGGCGCGGUGCAGCUUAGCUUACUUUAGCUUAGCUUGCUCUGUUACUUCCAUCUACCAAUUACUUGCUGCUACUGCACCGAUAACCAAAAUCCGUCUCAUGCAUUCUUUGUAUUGAUUAGAUAGACAGGUGGACAAAUAGAAAUAGGUAGAUGGAUACGGCAUUGUAACGGUAUCCCUUUCAUUGA